AUGAAUUUAGAUGAUUUUGAUUAUUCGAACAAGGUCAUGAUGGCACCUAUGGUUCGUGCUGGUAGAACUCCUUUGAGAGUUCUUGCUCUUGAUUAUGGAGCGGACGUUUGUUAUACUGAAGAAAUAGUCGACCAGAAAUUACUUUCUUGUAAUAGAGUGGAGAAUGAAGCACUUGGUACCAUAGACUAUUGUAUGCUGGAUGACGUUGUUUUGCGAGUAGCUCCCAAACAGGAGAAGAAUAAAUGUGUGCUCCAAAUCGGCACAAACAAUGGAAAAAACGCCGCAGAAGUUGCAGUUAAAAUAGGUAAAGAUGUAUCAGCUAUUGAUGUUAAUAUGGGAUGUCCCAAGCCUUUCUCAGUCCAUCAGGGAAUGGGUGCCGCCCUUUUACAAGAAACUGAUAAAAUUAAAGAUAUUUUAUGUUCUCUUAAAGCAGCAGCUUCUGUUCCAAUUUCUUGUAAGAUCCGAGUGUUAGAUGACCCACAUUUAACUUUGAAUUUGGUUCGAGAAAUAGAAAAGUGUGGAGUCUCGGCUAUAGGAGUUCACGGAAGACGUAGAGAUGAACGAAACCCGGAUAGGUGCAGACUGGAGGAAAUCAGAGAAGUAGUGCGAACAGUAUCAGUCCCCAUAAUUGCUAAUGGCAUAUCAGGAGAAGUUAAUGAUUUUGAAGACAUUUCGAAGUUUAAAUCGCAAACAGGUGCUAGUUCUGUAAUGAUAGCUCGGAAAGCUCUGCAAAAUCCUUCUAUUUUCCGGAAAGAGGGAUUACUUACAAUGGAGAACGAUAUUGUCAAUUUUUUGGCAAAAGCUUGUGAGUUUGAUGAGAGCUAUACAAUGACUAAAUACGUUGUUCAACGUAUUCUUGGCAGCGAGCAAGAACAUGAUGUACGUGGGAAAGCUACUGUAGCAGCAGGAAGCGUUUUGGAAAUAUGUAAAGCUUGGAGUGUCGAACACGUUUAUGAAGAGUUUCGACAGAAAAGGGCCAGACAGCAGUGUAAACGAAAAUAUGACGAAGAAGAAGAUGGCACUCGUUAUAUAGAUAUAACAUUCCCACUAAAGAAGUUACGUGAGCCAAGAAAUCUCAAUGUUUCUCCCAAAACAGUCCUCCAUGAUUAUUUGAAAGAAAAAGGUCAAGAAAAAGCAUCAUACUCUUGGAUUCGAAGAGAUAUUGAUAAAAGAUACGAAGGUGUUGUGGUUGUGAACGGUCAAAAGUUUUCAUCCCGCAAAGGUCAACCAAAUAUUAAAAUGGCUGAACAGGUCGCAGCAUUGUCUGCUUUAAUUGGGAUGAAUAUACGUGACCGCUUGAAGGGCGAGUGGGAGGAAUGA